AUGUUCCUAUCCAACCUCAUCCCAUCAGCCUUGACCCUCGCCCUCCUCUUCCAAAGCGCACAAACCGCUCCAGCCCCCAACAAAGCCAACAUCAAUGCCCGCGCCCUCCCACCAGUCCCCACUCCACAACGCCUAACCCUCUCGCUCGCGCCCUCCAUCCCCGCAUACCCGAUGCCACCAACCACCAACACAUCCUCCACUCAAGCAGAAGCAAACCACACGCUCCUCCUCUCCAACCCCGUCACGCCAACGGGAAUGUACCCCUUCACCAACCAAACGUUCCUGCCGGACUCUGAGGACCCGUCGACACCAGUGCCGUUUACGUGGAUGAAAGUACAGGUUCGCUUGAUGUCCGGCGGGAAGGUGGUUAUGGAUUGGGCGCGGAUGCCCGUGGAUGUUGUCGAGUGGGGGAUGGGGUUCGAUGUUGGGAAGUUGGUUGUUCCUGGGGAGAAAGAAGAGGGCGUUGAGAAGAGGGUUGGGCUGAGUGUUGUGGGGGUUAGUCCGGAUGGGAUUCAGAGCUUUUGGGGGAGUGGGGAGGUUGUUGUUGUGUAGGUUGUGAUUGGGAUUGGGGUGUAUAUGGAUGGUAAU